GCGCCUGCAGCUGCUGGGGCCAGAGCUGAAGACAGAGCGCUGAGCGCAAAGGCGAAGCGGGCUUCUCGGCGGGCGCGCCCCGCAGACCAUGAGCCGCCCUUGCUCCGGGAGCAGCCGUGGCGCGGGGUCCGCUGUGCGAAACCUCUGAACCCCUGACGGAUACGCGGGCGCCAAUCGGAGAGAGUUGAGAAUCAUGGCUGCGGGAAAAUUUGCAAGCUUUCCCAGAAACACAUCAGUGAAUCACCAGUUCCCCCUGGCCUCGUCCAUGGACCUUCUGAGCAGCAAGUCACCUCUCGUCGAACAUCGCACAGAUGCCUAUCAAGACGUGUCUAUACACGGCACCCUUCCACGGAAGAAGAAAGGCCCUCCACCCAUACGGUCCUGUGAUAACUUCAGUCACAUGGGUACCCUUCCUCAUUCCAAAUCUGCACGGCAGAACUCACCUCUGACCCAGGACGUCAUCCAGGAGCACCCGCUGCCAGACUGGAAAGGUGAAACCUUCACCUUCAGGGAUCAGCAUCUUCUGGACCCAACUCUGGAGUAUGUGAAGUUCUCCAAGGAGAGGCACGGCAUGGACAGAACCCCCGAGAGGCUGAAGAAGGAACUGGAGGAGGAGCUGCUGCUGAGCAGCGAGGACCUGCGCAGCCACGCCUGGUACCACGGCCGCAUCCCCCGACAGGUGGCAGAAAACCUCGUGCAGCGAGAUGGUGACUUCCUGGUUCGAGACUCUCUGUCCAGCCCUGGAAACUUUGUUCUGACCUCUCAGUGGAAGAACCUUGCUCAGCACUUCAAGAUUCACCGGACAGUCCUUCGGCUCAGCGAGGCCUACAGCCGCGUACAGUACCAGUUUGAGAUGGAGAGCUUCGACUCCAUCCCCGGCCUGGUGCGCUGCUACGUGGGCAAUCGCCGGCCCAUCUCCCAGCAGAGUGGAGCCAUCAUCUUCCAGCCCAUCAACCGGACGGUGCCCCUGAGGUGUCUGGAGGAGCAUUAUGGCACCUCCCCUGGCCGAGCCCGGGAGGGCAGCCUCAUGGAGGGAAGGCCAGACGUGGCCAAGAGGCUGAGCCUCACCAUGGGCAGCGCACAGGCCCGCGAGCCGAGCUUGCCCAGAGGAAACCUCCUCAGAAAUAAAGAGAAGAGCGGCAGCCAGCCUGCCUGCCUGGAUCACAUGCAGGACCGAAGAGCCUUAUCCCUCAAAGCCCACCAGUCGGAGAGCUACCUGCCGAUCAGCUGUAAGGUGCCCCCUCAGUCCUCAGGCGUGGACACGGGCGCCUGCCCUAACUCACCCGUUUUCAGGACGGGCAGCGAGCCCACCCUGAGCCCAGCGGUGGUUCGGAGGGUCUCCUCGGACGCAAGGGCAGGGGAGGCGCUGAGGGGCUCCGACAGCCAGCUGUGCCCAAAGCCACCCCCCAAGCCCUGCAAGGCGCCCUUCCUCAAGGCUCCCCCAUCUCCAUCCCCCUGGCUCAACUCAGAGGCCAACUACUGUGAACUGAACCCAGCCUGCACCCCAGGCUGCGACAGGGGAGCAAGGCUGCCCUUUGGCGCCCAGGACAGCUACGUGGAGCUGCUGACAGCCAGGCAGAAUGGGGCAGCCGGUCCGCGCAACUCGGGCACCAACUACUUAAUUCUUGAUGACGAUGAGAGGGCAAGGCCUCAGGAGCCGCCGGCAGCAGCGCAGGUGGACAAGGGGCAGGAUGAUGGGGGCCAGUUUGUGCCGCCCCUCCUGGAGACCGCCUCCUCGUUCAGGCCCAAUGACUUUGAGUCGAAGCUCCUUCCUCCUGAAAACAAGCCCCUGGAAACAGCGAUGCUGAAGCGUGCAAAAGAGCUGUUCACCAGCAACGACCCCAAGGUCAUUGCCCAGCACAUUCUGAGCAUGGACUGCAAGGUCGCUAGGAUUCUUGACGUCUCUGAAGAGAUGAGGAAGAACAUGGGCGUGAGCUCAGGGCUGGAACUCAUCACCUUGCCUCACGGCCACCAGCUGCGUCUGGACAUAAUUGAAAGGCACAGCACCAUGGCCAUCGGCAUUGCCGUGGACAUCCUGGGCUGCACGGGCACUUUGGAGGACCGAGCAGCCACCCUCAAUAGGAUCAUCCAGGUGGCGGUGGAACUGAAAGACUCCAUGGGGGACCUCUAUUCGUUCUCGGCCAUCAUGAGAGCCCUGGAAAUGCCGCAGAUUACAAGGUUAGAAAAGACGUGGACUGCGCUGCGACACCAGCACACCCAGAGCGCCAUCCUCUACGAGAAACAACUGAAGCCAUUCAGCAGAAUCUUGCACGAAGGCAGAGAGUCCACAUGUGUCCUCCCAAACAAUGUAUCGGUCCCUCUGCUGAUGCCUCUUGUGACCUUAAUGGAACGGCAGGCUGUCACUUUUGAAGGAACUGACAUAUGGGAAAAAAAUGAUGAAAGCUGCGAGAUUUUGAUGAACCAUUUGGCAACAGCCCGACUCAUGGCAGAGGCUGCAAACAGUUACCGGACGAAUGCUGAGAAGAUCCUGGAAGGUUUUCAACCCGAUGAAGAAAUGAGUGAAAUCUUCAAGACUGAAUUCCAAAUGCGAUUGCUAUGGGGCAGCAAAGGCGCACAAGUUAAUCAGACAGAGAGAUAUGAGAAGUUCAACCAGAUUUUAACCGUCCUCUCACGAAAAUUGGAACCUCCUCCUGUAAAGCAAGCAGAGCUCUGAUAGCUCUCCACAGAACCUGAGGGUAUUAUUUCAAGCUUCUCCAGUUUCUAUUUUGGAAAAGCUUAUCAUUUGAAAAAGUAAUAAUGUGCAAAUCUGACAACAUACAAGCUUUUAGUAUCCACAGGAUAUUAAACAUGCAAAUUGCACAGAGCACACUUAUUUAUGAAUUGUUUAAAAUUACUACUGAUUUUUAAAUAAGUAAUUUAUUAUUAAGGUAACUAUUGCUAAUGUUGAUCAGCAAAUUUAAGAGAAGACCUAUAGCUAUGUUGACAGGUUGCUUUCUAUUAUCAAGGGAUAUGACUAUUUUAGUUUAAAUUCCAUGUCAGAAAAGUGUAAAUAGGAAAGAAUUUAAAAGCAUGAAGCAUUUCAGAAGGUAUCAGUUGUAUGAUAUUCUUUAACUAAAUAUGAGAAAAUGUAAAUAGCCAUAUGAAAAUAUAUCUUUUUGUGAAAGUUAUAUCCAGUCUCUUUAAUAUUAAACCACCAUCAUAACACAAUAAUUCUACCUCCUAUCUUUCUGGGUCACUCUCUUCCCUGGCCACUAUAUCCUGAUAGUAAACGAAAAUUAGUGAUGCUCGUAUGAAAAAUUUAAGGCUUCUGGCUUAGGGGACGGAGUGAAUAGUGAAGCCAAGUGUAGCGGCUUCUGGAGACCCAGGUUCACACUCAAGCUGCGGGGCCUGCAGCGCGGCACCUGGUAAAACGCGAGCGCCCGGACACUAGUAUCCUCAAUGCCAUCACCUCACGUAUUUCCAAAUCACUGACUGUCAUUUUUCCCCCCUCUAGCUCACUCAUGUAAGGUUUCUAGGUUUUUGACUUCCCAAAGGGGAUACUUUCUAGUUCAUCAGUAUCCCUCAUAAUUCUUUUCUAUUGUAGAAAAUUUGGAAUACAAGAUUUUAAAAUAAAUGUACAUCA